UCACACUUCGGUCAUUGUAUAUCGGCAUCUACGCUCUUAUCGUACACACAAAACAUGAUUCUCUGCGUCGUCAUUUCCGUGUCCAUCGUCGUGGUAACUAUAUUUACCAAGUGGUUGAUAGGGAAACAAACUGUUGGUAACUAUGGUAACAGAUAUGUUCUGAUAACGGGUUGCAACAGUGGCUUUGGAAACCUUCUGGCCAAACGUCUGGACUCUCUCGGCUUCAACGUGUUUGCUGCCUGCCACAGCGACAACGGUGUUGAAGAACUCGAAGCCGCCACGUCAAAUCGUCUUGUGACCUUCAAACUGGAAAUUGCUGAUGAGGGCAGCAUACGCGAGGCUGUGGAGUUUGUCAAGUCAAGGAUUCCUGUAGGAUGUGGGCUAUGGGCGCUCAUCAACAACAGCGGUACAGCCGCAUCUCUCGGACCUGUUGAUUGGCUGCAGCGACAAGACUACGCACACGCACUGUCUGUCAACCUCCUCGGCCUUGUCGACAUCACAAGGUCAUUUCUACCUCUGUUGCGUGAAGGUCAAGGUCGAGUUAUUAACAUGUCCAGUAUUCUGACCAAAGUUGGUAUGGGACCGUCACCAUAUGUGGUAUCCAAAUACGCGGUGGAAGGAUUUUCCGACUGCCUCAGGCUUGAGCUGUUCCGGCAAGGUGUGUCUGUCAUCGUCCUCCAACCUGGCUUCUACAGAACCAACUUUCUGCCGAUAGAGACGAUGAUGGUGAAAUACAAACAGAGCUUCGCGCAUGCCCACCAAGACGUCCAGGCCUUUUACGGAGAAGAGUACCUGGACAAGGCGUUGAAACAUUGUCAUGACAUUGACUCCUUGACGUCGUCUGACCUGUCACAGGUGACACGGGCCUACGUGCACGCGGUGACUGCUCGUUUCCCUCGGGCGCGUUAUAUUGUGGGUAGAGACGCUAACAUCGUGUUCCGGGUGUUGUGGAAUCUCCCCUUGUGGAUGAAGGACCGAUUACUGACGUUCAAUUACAUCCAACCCGAAGGCACGACAACACCGCGGGAUGGCGGGACACCAUCAUGAAAUUGUGAAAAGGACGGUACCAUUUACUCAAUACAAAAAUCGUAAACACCAAUGUCCUUGAGAGUACCAGAAAACAUGGACGUUGGUCAAUUCCUAAUUCCAAUUCAAAUGACGACCAUCACAUGAUGGGACGAAGACACUGAUUAACAAUAAGAAUUGACCUAGUUCCUGUGGUAAAUCCUGCAGUCAAAUCUUUACAACACUUCGAAUCUUGAAUGAGUUGGGGGGAAGACACUUGACGGUCUUCGUUCGCUGUUGGCAUGCAAUAAACGUACAGUAUUAUAUUUCCGUAUCUACAAGAAGGCCCUUGGCUUGUCCCUGAAUGAAUGAAGUUUGUGAGACAUCCUUGCUCGAGACGCUUCAGACAAUGGUAUUUUACCAUCAGUUGCAAAAGAAAUGUCUAAAUUGUUUAUGUAUAAUUUUGUUUACAAAUGACAUUACUCCGUAAUGCAGACAUUUGAUAAUUCUGGCAAUUUUUUCGGGAUCGGUGCUGUCUGGAUUAACGAGGUUUCACCGUAUCCCCGUUAAUGUCGGAUCAUUUAACAGAUGUUCCAGACCGUCAGCCACAAGACGCCAGCACAACUUAAAAUUGUUCAAAUCAUCAAUGAUAUUGCCAUGGACGGUACCGCGGAGGUCUUCUCUACAUAUAAAGGUGACUGUAUAUUUACAGACAACACUUGUCGUCGUGGCCCCUCGCGUCGUGUCAUUCUGGGACAAGGAAGGAAAGAUACAAGUGGCGAUGUAUACACUCGAUGCUUUUUAUCACUGUCGGCAUUCAAAAACUUUGUCUUUUGUUUCAAGAAGGCCCAUUCGUCACCACUCGCCCAUUUCCGUAACCUGCAAGAAUCUCCAUUUCGGCUUAUCCCGGAAUGACAUGAGUUGGUCACGAUCAUUCGUCACCACUCGCCCCUUUCCGUAACCUUCAAGAAGAAAUAGUUCGCUAUUCGGCCUGUCUCGGAAUAACACGAGUUGUUCACGAAUGGGUCACGAUGACACGAACGUGAGUGACUACUGGAACUCGUUAUUUUACGACCACCUGGUAAAUAACAUCACUAGAUUGUCUAAAUCCCACUGCUCAGGGAUCUCUAUGCACUUCGUGUCUUAAGGUAUCAUUCAUUAUUUAAACGAAAUCUUGAUCCUAUUACUCGUAACUAUAGACAGUUAUGACGAAUAGGUUCAAUUGGUUGAAGCGUACGCGAACAUCUCCAGUUCAAGGGGAGAUAAUUCUGAUUGUGUUCCCAUGUACCUAGUACCUGUCUCAUACGUGUGUUUAAUGGUGUAAUGUGAAAAUAUAUUCUGCGAAAUACCUAUUUAUUAACUGUAUCUUUAUUCGUCACGUCACGACCAUCCCAGGUCACGUCAGAACGACCUUUCGCGACCUUGACCGAUCAAUGAAAAGACUAACAAGCAGUCGGCAUUAACCAAUCAGAAAGCAGCUUUCUCGAGUUUUACGGCACGUGUUUCAAAAUGGCGACCUCCAUACCAGACAACGCUUUGAAAAAUAUCGAUUCAAAAUUUGAAAACUGAACAAAAGAUAUGUCCUGAAUGUUUAAUAGAUGGCCGAGAUUGUAUGACAGUACUUUCCACGGUUUCAAUUGUUUAUCUCAAUCCAACGUACAGCCCAUAACUGUCGUUCGGAAUGCCUCGUGUUAACCUUUUCGAGGUUGCAUGACUUAGAAACACAUUCCAAAUGACAAUUUCCCGAUCUGGUAAGCGACGCUCUGAUUGGUCAGAUAAAACGGUCGUUCUGACGUGACCCGUAACGGGAUGUCUUUAAUCUUUGAUUAGCGGUAGCGGGGACUAAGAUUUAAUUUAAAAUGAGAUUGCGGCGACAGAAAUCAUUCAGUACUGUGAAAGUUGCAGGUCAAGAUUUGUUAAUAAAAGAUAAAAGUUAGUAAUGAUAAAAUAUAUGUAUGAAAUCUUUCUUUAUCACAUUAAGUAGGACAUUUCGGUAUAGGUUUCAACACCGUCAUCAAGCCUCUCAGAGAAGUAAACACCGAACAAUGCACGUGGGUUAGCUUUAUUGACAAUACCGGUUCAUACGGUUGCUUGGCAACAGAAUCUUUUCUGAAAUAUAAACAGUGUUUAUUGUGAUACUAUUUUCACAUUAACUAUGUACAGUAAAGUACGGUUAUAACGAACUCAAAGGGACUGCUAAUCUUAGUUCGUUAUAACCGUAGUUCGUCAUAAUCAUAUAUACAGCAUAACUACAGCAAAUAGUCGGGACCAAAAAAGUAAGUUCAGUAUAUCCGUAAGUUCGUUAUAAGCGUGUUCGUUAUAACCGUAUUUUUACUGUAUUCAACUUUCAAUUGAACCUCAACACUUUUCUUUGCAAGACGUCAAUGUACAUCGUUUCAUUUAUAAAGAUAGUACAGUAAAGUACGGUUAUAACGAACUCAAAGGGACUACAACUUUUAGUUCGUUAUAACCGUAGUACGUUAUAAGCAUUUAUACAGCAUAACUACAGCAAAUAGUCGGGAUAAAAAAGUAAGUUCGUUAUAUCCGUAGGUUCGUUAUAAGCGUGUUCGUUAUAACCGUAUUUUACUGUACAACAAUAGGUCGCCUUCAUCUACGACGUUUACACAAUAAUGAUAGAAGCAUGUUCACGUGAAUGACAGCUAGACUAAUUUCAUUUGAAAACAUCCAUGUUUUGAACUUAUCAUAACACUGGAUGGUAACGUAAGGAAAAUAUGUGUAAAACAGCCUCAUUUUAGAAUUUGUCCGGGAAGUAUUUUAAAAAAAGUAUUUGAACACGAGCAAGUGUUUCACUUCCUCAAGAGGCUCAGAUUAAAUAAGCGCAAACGUACAUGUAGGGUGCAAAAGUCAUGUUGGGGCACGGGUGUUCUCAUUGCUUGAUAUUCUCAUGUCAGAUAAGUGGGCCCUUUUUGCUCAUUUAUGAACGAGAAAUAUCAGAAGUACACAAUUUAAAAGUGUAAGAAAGGAUACGUGUCAAGCAUUUGAACAUGUCGUGAUAAUUGCCAUACGUUUAAUAAUAAUAAUGAUAAUAAUAAUGAUGAUGAUGAUGAUGAUGAUGAUGAUGAUGAUGAUGAUGAUGAUAAUAAUAAGUAGUAAUAAUAGUAGUAGUAGUAUUUCCCGGAACAUUUUAAUUGUAAUUUCCAGUGGUCCAUAAAGGGCCCUCAUCCUGACCUCCUCCUUUGAUCAUCACGGCCAAAUUUCCUCUGGGGUCGGGGUUGUCCCGAUUAACGAGGUUUCCGUCUCCAUAUGUUCCAUCUCCCCACUCACAAAAAGUCUCCAGAACGCAUUAAUGGUCAAUUCUGCAAUGGUAUUUGCAUCACUUGUACCAGAGAGGGCUUUUCUGCAUAUAUACUCUCAACUUUAGUAUGUUGACAUGAAACUGAACAAUGCCAGUUUCAUGAAAAUGUCAGGUACUACUGUGUGUAUGACAAUCAGUCAGUUUGAUUCAGUCCCCACAGGAACCCAGACCUCCUAUCAAAUGUGGAGUACUAGAUAUACGUGUAUUUUAUUAAUGUUUGACACAACGAGAACUUUCAAAACAGGUUUAAUGAACCGGCUUUAAUGUGCAAUAUAUGUAUAUUUAGUAUACCGCAAUGUAUUCGCGUUACAAAUAUAUUAAUAAAAUAUAUAUGAUCAUUCGAUAA